UCUCUAUCUCCCACUCUUCUCGAGUACUUUCCCAUCUUUGCUUUGCAUAAUUUUUCCAUGUCUCAACUGGUCCCUUCUUCUUCAUCUACGCAUUUGUUGUACCGCAUGUAACACGACAUUCACAUGAAAAGCAAGUUCCCAAACCAAACCAACCCAACGCAACCCAACUCGCCAACCAGCAUGCCCCACCUCAAAACAGCACAAAAUCACCCACAGUCCUCAAUAGGGGACUCUUUUCCCAUCAACUAGCUCCACACACUUCCAAAAAAUUACCAAAAAUGCCAUGCUUCAGCCUCACCGAGUCAAAAAAUUCAUGCCACCGGUCCACCUUCGCCCGAGCCGGCCUCCGGUCUGCAAUCACAGACAUCAAAGACGGCGGUACCACCAUGCACUGCUGGGUUCCGCAGUCCCCAAACCCGUCCAAGCGCAAUCUCCUCCUCAUCCACGGCCUCGGUGUCAACGCGAUGUGGCAAUUCGUUGACCUCCUCCGCCACGUCACCCCCCACUUCAACGUCUACGUCCCCGACCUCCUCUUCUUCGGCGAGUCGUUCACGACCCGGCCGGACCGGUCCGAGUCGUUCCAGGCCGAGUGCGUGAUGCGGGUCAUGGAGGCCCACUCGGUGCGGAGGCUGAGCCUGUUGGGGCUGAGCUAUGGCGGGUUUGUGGGGUACAGCCUGGCGGCCAAGUACAAGGAGGCGGUGGAGAGGGUUGUGAUAUGCUGCGCCGCGGUGUGCUUGGAGGAGAAGGACAUCCGGGAAGGCGUGUUUCCGAUAUCGGAUUUGGACGAGGCUGCGAGCAUUUUGGUGCCGCAGACGCCGCAGAAGCUUAGGGAGUUGAUCAAGUACACUUUUUUCAAGCCGCCUCCUCUUGGGUUGAUCCCCUCUUGCUUGCUUAUGGAUUUCAUUGAGGCAAUGUACACUGAACAUGUGAAAGAGCAGAAAGAGUUGAUUAUGGCCGUUCCCAAAAACCGAAAACUUUCGGACCUUCCCAAGAUUCCACAGCCAACCCUUAUACUAUGGGGAGAGCAUGAUCAAGUAUUUCCGCUAGAAUUUGCUUACAAAUUAAAAAGGCACUUAGGGGAGAACGCUGAGCUUGUGGUGAUAAAGGAUGCAGGACAUGCAAUUAACGUACAAAAGCCCAAGGAGUACUACAACCACAUCAAGUCCUUCUUACUCGACAUGCAGCAGCCAUCUGCAAAUAAACAUCAACAACAUUCAAAACCACUUCAAUCACUGACAUGAAGCUAUUUAAUGUAAUCCAACCCUUAAUCCCAUAUAACAAAUUUGUGUAAUUUAAUUGGACCAAUCAUGACAUGACGUGCUUCAUCAAGCAAAAUAUAUUUUUUAUAUUAUUUAUAUUUUUAUUGAAGGCAAACAUAAUACAAGACAACAUGUAAUGUUUUAGCAUAAACGGCACAAAAUAUGCAUACCCUCUUUGUUUAGAA